AUGUUUUCACCGGACGCCUUGAAAGCCCUAUGCGCUGGAACUCUUUCCGAUUUGGAGCUAUCGUCUGAUAACGAAGAGCUGUUUGGAUUUACAUCUGAAAGAGAGUUGCAGUCUGUAAGAGUAGAUGCAGAUGUCAUCAAUCAAAACCAACGAGAGGUAUUCCCACCCGACACUGAAGAAGAUGAAGGGCCUAGCUCAUUGUGGAUUAGAACGAAUGAUCCAGGAGUUACUGACACCUGCGAUGAAGUGGUUCUCGAAGUACCACCGACAACAGAAAUAGAAUGCUCGCAUGAAAAUAUACUUCAGAAUAUUACGCCUAAACAAAACAUUAGGUGGAGACACAAGGAACUCCUAAACAACCAUAAAAAGCCUCGAGGAUUUUCUCAAGAAGUAAGUAGUUUUGACGAAGAUGUAACUGUGGUCAAGUGGCUCGAUAUUAAGGUUACCCAUCUUGCUUCUAAUUUUGUUGGUAUUGGUGAAACAGACUUAGUCAGCAGUUGGUGUAAGAAAGAUAAGAAAUUUAUUGACGUUGAACGCCCCGAAGUGGUCAGGAAAUACAAUCACGCAAUGGUGGGAGUUGACCUAUUAGAUCAACGCAUGAUCUACUACAGAACCUUCAUAAAAUCUAAAAAAUGGACUCUUCGCAUGAUACUUCAUGCUUCUGAUUUAGCUGCAGUGCAGGCGUACCGAGAGUUCCAAACUGACAAUGCGCUGCUAGACAUACCAAAGAAUAAACAACUCACGUUGCUUCAAUUUCGUCUUCAGCUGGCUGAAAUUCUUUUGUUGAGGAAUAAAAUUAUCAUCGGUAAAAAAGGACGGCCCAAGGACGGACGCAAAUUAUUCCAAGAAGACCAGGAGAGAUUCGCCCUGUAA